AUGGCUUUUCCGACCGACGUGGCGGAGUUUGAUAAGGAUCCGCGUAUCUCGUUCUCCAAGCUGGACAACAGCUACCUGUUGGAGACAAGCGAUGGUCGUGAGUUUCUGUUCAACAAUAUUUUGAAGAGAUGGGUUGAAACGAUCGAUGAUGAACUUAUCCGCAAGCAGCAAGGAUACGGAUCCGACGACGGCGAGACUGAGAUUGUUCAUCCACGUGAUCGAAAGAAGCGAAAGGGUUCGCUUGACUCGAACAACGAAUCCAAGGCCAAGAAGCCACGUGUGAACACAGGUGUGUGGGUUACCAACAUUCCCACCGACGCUUCGCUUUCGGAAAUCCAACAGGUGUUUGAGAAAUAUGGAAUCCUUGCAGAGGAACUGGACACUGGAAAGCCGCGCAUUAAAAUGUACAACGACGAGAAUGGCAACUUCAAAGGCGAGGCUUUGGUCGUGUACUUCCGGCCAGAGUCAGUCAACCUUGCGAUUCAGGUACUCGACGAGACAGACUUCCGAUUGGGCCACCACGACCCCUCUGGACCGAUGCAUGUUCAGGAAGCCGACUUCUCGUACAAGCGUCAAAAUAAUGUGCAGGGCAAGGUUACUGUGACCAUGAAAGAGAAGAAGAAGCUCAAGGAGCGGGCUGAUCGGUUGAACAAAAAACUUUCCGACUGGGGUGACGAUGAGGCCGAUGAAGUCUUAAAGUCAAUCAAGGCUAUUUCGGAGGCAAAUCGACAUGUUGUCCUGAAGCAUAUGUUUACCCUGAAGGAGCUGGAUGAGGACCCUCUCGUCAGUAUUGAGAUCCAUGAGGAUGUCCGUAACGAGUGCAGGAAGAUUGGCGAUGUGACUAAGGUGGUGGUCUGGGACGGGGAGAGUGAUGGUGUUGUCACUGUCCGAUUCGCCGCAUCAGCCGAUGCUCGCCGCUGUGUUCAUACCAUGAACGGACGCUUCUUCGGAGGUAAAGCUGUUGUUGCUUACAUCUGGGAUGGUGAAGAGAAAUUCAAGAAGUACCACCCCCGCCGAGACGCAGGUGGCGGAAUGGAGGACCCUCUUGACUCAGACGACGACGAGAACAAGCGCCUUGAACGGUUCGGAGAUUGGCUGGAAAGCGGCGCCAACCCGGAUAACUACUUUAACAAGACAGGCACGGGCAAGAGCGAGGAAGUCAAGGACAAGGAAAACAAGGACGAGAAAAACAAGGACGAGAAAAACAAGGACGAGAAAAACAAGGACGACAAGGAUGAACCCAUCAAGACCCAGGAAACUGACAAGGACGAGACCGACAAGAGCCUGGAAAUUGGCAAGAACUAG